CGCAUGUGCGGCGGAAAGUCGCGGUGGCGCCGCCGAGACCUCGAAGAUGGGGCGGAGGAGAGCGCCGGACGCCGCGUCCCUCGGCAAGGCCCUGAUCCGCCAUCAGACGCAGCGGAGCCGAGGCCAUCGUCACACCGACUCCUGGUUGCACACAAGUGAGCUCAAUGAUGGCUACGACUGGGGCCGGCUUAAUCUCCAGUCUAUCACUGAACAGAGCUCCCUGGAUGACUUCCUUGCAACAGCAGAGCUUGCAGGAACAGAGUUUGUAGCUGAGAAACUUAAUAUUAAGUUUGUGGAUCCUGGAACUAGGACUGGACUACCAUCUUUUGAGGAGAGUAAGAGAAUUAAACAGCUCCAUGAAGAAAACAAACAGUUUGUGUGUAUACCAAGGAGACCAAAGUGGGACAAAAAUACUAGCCCAGAAGAACUCAACCAGGCAGAGAAAGAUAACUUUCUAGAAUGGAGACGGCAGCUUGUCCGGCUAGAAGAGGAAAAAAAGCUGUUACUAACGCCAUUUGAAAGAAAUUUGGAUUUUUGGCGCCAGCUCUGGAGGGUGAUUGAGAGAAGUGAUAUUGUGGUCCAGAUAGUAGAUGCUCGGAACCCACUCCUGUUUCGAUGUGAAGAUUUGGAAUGUUAUGUAAAAGAAAUAGAUGAGAAUAAGGAAAAUGUCAUCCUGAUUAAUAAGUCGGACUUGUUGACUGCUGAGCAGCGAAGUGCCUGGGCAACACAUUUUGAAAAAGAAGGUGUGAAAGUCAUUUUCUGGUCAGCUUUGGCUGGUGACCCUGAGGAGCAAGUAACCAAGGCUGCUAGAGAAUCAACUGAGUUUGAAAACUCCAGUGGUAGUGAGAAUGGAAUUUCACCUGGUGAGUCUAGUUUCCAGCGCCAAGGGUCUCUCUCACUGGAUGGAGUUGUUGCUAGUGAUGAAGAUGAUAGUGAGUAUGAGGACUGUCAGGAGGACGAGGAGGAAGAUUGGCAGACAUGUUUGGAAGAGGACAGUUCUGAUGAAGAAAACUGUGAACAGGACUUGAAGGAAGUCUCUCUUAUGGAUUCUGGGGCUCAAGGCAGGGAAACUCCACCGAAGAGGCAAAUACACAAUUUCAGCCAUCUGGUAUCAAAGCAGGAAUUAUUGACGAUCCUUAAGGAGCUUCAUACUGGGAAAAAGGCGAAAGAUGGGCAACUUACUGUUGGACUGGUGGGCUACCCAAAUGUUGGUAAGAGCUCAACAAUCAACACCAUCAUGGGCAAUAAGAAAGUGUCUGUUUCUGCUACACCUGGUCACACCAAGCAUUUUCAGACACUCUAUGUGGAACCUGGUCUCUGUUUAUGUGACUGUCCAGGCCUGGUGAUGCCAUCCUUUGUCUCUACCAAGGCAGAAAUGACAUGUAACGGAAUCCUUCCUAUUGACCAAAUGAGAGAUCAUGUCCCACCCAUAUCACUGAUAUCCUUUAAUAUUCCAAGACAUGUUUUAGAAGCUACUUAUGGCAUUAAUAUCAUCAUGCCUAGAGAGGAUGAAGAUCCCACUCGACCUCCAACAUCAGAAGAAUUGUUAACAGCUUAUGGGCAUAUGCGUGGCUUCAUGACAGCACAUGGGCAACCAGACCAGCCUCGAUCUGCACGCUACAUCCUAAAGGAUUAUGUCACUGGUAAACUGCUGUAUUGUCAUCCACCUCCUGGAAGUGAGCCCAUGACCUUUCAGCAUCAACACCAGCGAUUGCUUGAGAUGAAGCUGAAGAGUGAUGAAAUAAAAGUGCAGUCUGGAGGAUGUAAGAAAGGAAAACAGAUUGAAAAUGUUGUUGACAAAACAUUUUUUCAUCAAGAAAAUGUCAGAGCUUUAACCAAAGGAGUCCAGGCUGUGAUGGGCUAUAAACCUGGCAGUGGCCCAGUGACACCAGAAACUCUGAACUCUGAGAGCAAGACUGGGAAGCCCUGGAAAAAACAUGGCAACAGAAAUAAAAAAGAGAAGAGUCGCAGACUCUACAAGCACUUGGAUACCUGAACUUGAGCCUAGGCAGAAAAAGCAUCUGCCUCGUGCAUCUGGAGCAGAGACACAACUGCUCAUUGGCUAUGGUGCUGUAGAAUGGAACUGUCCAGGUGUUCAGCCAUGCCUAGGAGUCAGGCUAGAGACUGAAGGCUCUGUUCAGGCCAGCUCCAACCAGCACAGGCUUCUUGGGGGGAUGCCAGAAAUCUAAUGGAAAAGACUUGAGUUUAAGAUGAGGGGGUGAAUGAUUAGUAUUUACACAAAUGCAA